AUGAAGUUCGUUUCGCUCCUUACCCUUUGCUACUCCCUCGUUGUGGUCAGCGGCUUCCAGCCCAACCCAGCCAAGACUUCGGCUGCCCCUGCCGCCUUCCGCUCCAAGGCCGUUCAGAGUCCACUCUUCCGCGAUCCAUUGCAAGUUCGUGGUGGAGCGGUCCCAGGUUGGGCUGCCUACAAUGAUGCUCUUGACAAGACCCCCUUGACUGCAAAGGCUUUGACUUCUCUCGUCGGAUGGGCUCUUGGUGAUUUCUUGGCACAGAUCUUCAUCUCCGGAGGACCAUUUGACAUGAAGCGCUUCAUCACUCUUUCUGCAUUUGGUUUCCUUUAUCAUGGACCAUCCGGCCACUACUUCUACAACUGGUUGGAUAAUCUUGUCAAGGGCAAAGAUUCGCUGUCGGUUGCAAAGAAGGUUGCUUUUGACCAAAUCGUCUGGUGUCCCAUUUUCAUGUCUGUUUUCUUCACCUACCUUGGAUUGGUCAAUGGAGACUCUUUCUCUACCAUUGGAAACAAGAUCAAGAACGACUUGUUCACGGCAUGCCAAGGGUCGUGGAAGGUUUGGCCCAUUGUUCACGCCGUCAACUUCAAGUUUAUUUCCACCAAGCACAGACUUGUUUUCCUUAACGCUGUGCAAAUCGCAUUCAACAUGUUCCUUUCCAUCAUCGGAAAGUCUUAA